AUGAUGUGAGUCUUCCUGUUUGGGUGCUGCGGGUCGCUGAGGGCUGCGUUACCCGGCGGAACCGCUUCUGUCCGGUGAGCCGCACACUAUGCUCCUCGCAGCUCCGCCUCCAGGUGAGCCUCGGCCCGCGCAGGUUCAUUAAUCCUCCGUCAGACGCCAUGUCCUCCGAGCAGCACCCCAGCCCUCUGUCCCAGCCCAGUGAGGAAUACUUCUCAUGGGACUGUCGCCUCCAGCUUAUUGGCCUCGGCUUUGGCUUCUAUACUGCAGUAUUCCUCUUCUCCCACCUCGUGUCUGCGGCUCUGUGCCGGACCUACAAAUCCCUGCCAGCAAAGGAAAAGGUUUUUUGGAACCUGGCUGCCACCCGGGCCGUGUUUGGCAUCCAGAGUACAGCGGCAGGUCUGCGAGCCCUGACUGAGGACUCGUCAAUAACCAGAGACAAAGUGAGGGGCCAGGAAGACUGGUCAUGGUUUAACGUCCUCACAGCCACGGGAUUUUUUGCUUUUGAGAAUGUGGCACUUCACGCCUCCAGUGUGGUGUUUUGGUCAUUCGACCUGCCACUGGCCACGCACCAUUUCUUCGCCCUGUCGGGAUAUGUCGGGGCAGUGGUGUGGGAUUCCCUGGGCCACUUCCUGCCCAUGGUUACACUCCUGCUGGAGAUGAGCACCCCAUUCACCUGUAUAUCCUGGAUGUUGCUCAAGACCGGCUGGGCACGCACUCUGUUCUGGAGAGCCAACCAGUGGGUGAUGAUUCACAUGUUUCACUGUCGCAUGGUGCUCACUUAUUACAUGUGGUGGGUAACCUUGACCCACCGGGGAGAGCUCUGGUCCCACGUACCCCUGCCCCAGCUAAUACUCUUCUUCACUGGCCUCGCUCUGCUCACAUUUAUCAUCAACCCCAUAUGGACCCACAAGAAGACACUGCAGCUUCUUAAUCCUGUGGACUGGAACUUUGGCAACAAGGCGGUACCACUGAAUGGCACCACCGACCGUCAGUCUGAGGUUCCUGGAAAACCCCACGUCAGCUAAGGAGAAUCACAGAGUCGAUUAUCUCAGUGAUGCCUCUUUUUUAUUUGAGAUGUGUGAGCUGGCCUUUGAUAGAUGGCUGUUUGUAAAAGUUAUUUUUAUCACAUUGAGACUUCUUUAUAUCUUUGGACUGUGACGCCCUCGCUCUGUAAAAAGACUUUACAUAUGAUCAUCUGGUGCAAUGAUAAUAGUGUGCAGCAUGAUCUUCCACCACACUUUACUUUCAGGCAGUUUUCAUUUACUAAGAUUAAAGCAAAUGUAAUCUCUUAUUAGUUUUUAUGGGACUUUAUGGUUGACUGUACACAUAAGUGCUAUCGCUGCAGCAAAGAGUGUUUGAUGGUGAGAUUUCAUGGAAACACUGUUAUAAAUAUGUACUUUUAAAGGGAUAGUUUCCUGUUUUAACAGUAUAAAGGAUGUGAGAGCUUCUCAUAGGAUUCAAAGUCAUUAACAUAAUCAACCACAGCUUUAAUGAGAUGAAAAUCUGCUUAGAGAUAAAGACCAGAAUGCAAAAAAUUCUUAAUACUGUAUAUGUGCAGUAUCUAAGUUUGCUUUGGGAGUGACUAUCUUUGCCUACCCGCAGCAGUUUCUAGUGUGUCGCUAUUGAACGUGAAACUUGGUCUCCAUUAAAGGGAGUGUGAGCUGUGCCUGGAGAUGUGCUGUGGGGCGGCAGAGAGAUGGUUUCCUCACUGAGUGGAAAUCAAACCUUUCACCAUUAAACUCAAGAAUGGACCCUGUGUCAGCUCCACUGACUGAGCAGGGUAAAACUGGAUUAUGUUUAAGAGUGCAGUCUUAUGGGUUACGCUCUGAAUUUAUUAGAUUGGUGUGUUUGGACUGUGAAUCAGCACAGAGGGAAGCGUUUCUCAUGGCGGUGUCAGAGGAGGCCUUACACUGAGCUGGUGGAUGGAGGGAAGCUCACAAAGGCGUCAUUGUCACAGAUGGAGAUGUGGUGUAAAAAUACUGAACUAGUGUUUACAGGCCGUGGUGUAUUGUGGUUGUACGGUUUGAACUGAAGCAGAAGUGUGUUUAGGGGGGCGGGGGGGUGUCAUAUCUCUGCCAUGGGGAGUAUUUUGUUUGCCUGCUGCAAACACUCAGCUUCACUUUAACAGCGUUACUCUCAUUUCUAAUUAACUGUGUUUAUAUUCUGUACUUUUUUACAUCUUAAUGUUACCAGUAAUAUUUAACUUAUGACCAAAUUGUGCAUCUAGAAGGUGCAAAUGAGCCUCUUUGUUUCAGCCUGAACAAAUAACUGGAGCCUGAUUGGCUGCCUGCUGUGCCUCACAUGUCUGAUGAGGACCCUCUGAAACACAGCGUGCUGAAAUUAAUUCACUGCUUUGAAGUUACAAUCAAGUAGAGUCCAUUUAAAAUGUAUCUGCUUUUCACACCAUGACUCGUGCUUAAUGAGAAUCUUGUUGGAUUGAAUUAGUUUAUAAAAUUAUAGAAGGAACACGGAACAUGUUGAAGGUCUCCUGUGAAUUCAGUGCCAUAAACCAAACUGUUCAAUGUUCUGUGUGUGUGUUGGACUAAGCUUUCACUUAAACAACUAAAAUAAAUUGUUUUCUCACUUA